AGUGCUAGUGCUGCUGCUGCUGCGUGGUUUUGUAUUGUAUGUAGUUUAGUUCGUGAAUGUUUUUCAACUGUCAUAAAAGUACAUUCAUAACAUUUAUAUCAAUUAAUUUACUUACUCAUCAUGUCGAUCGAAAUUGAGUCCGCUGACGUCAUUAGGUUAAUCCAACAAUAUUUAAAAGAAUCUAAUCUUGUUAAAACGCUACAAACCAUUCAGGAAGAAACCGGUGUUUCACUUAAUACUGUAGAUAGUGUUGAGGGUUUUGUAGCAGAUAUUAAUAAUGGGCACUGGGACACUGUACUCAAAGCUAUACAAUCGCUUAAAUUACCGGAUAAGAAAUUAAUUGAUUUAUACGAACAGGUGGUUUUAGAACUAAUUGAAUUACGAGAGUUGGGAGCUGCAAGAAGUUUGUUGAGACAAACUGAGCCAAUGGUUAUGAUGAAACAACAAGAACCAGAGAGAUAUAUUCAUUUAGAAAACCUUCUUGCAAGAUCUUACUUUGAUCCAAGAGAAGCCUAUCCAGAUGGAAGUACCAAAGAAAAAAGAAGAGCUCAAAUUGCUACAUCAUUGUCUGGUGAAGUUUCAGUAGUACCAUCCAGUAGGUUGUUGGCAUUAUUGGGUCAAGCUUUAAAAUGGCAACAGCAUCAAGGACUUUUGCCACCUGGUACAACAAUUGACUUGUUCAGAGGUAAAGCUGCUGUUAGAGAACAAGAAGAUGAAAAAUACCCUACACAAUUAUCAAAACAAAUUAAGUUUGGUACCAAGUCCCAUGUUGAAUGUGCUAGAUUUUCACCUGAUGGUCAGUACUUAGUCACAGGAUCAGUAGAUGGAUUUAUAGAGGUUUGGAAUUUUACUACUGGUAAAAUUAGGAAAGAUUUAAAGUACCAAGCUCAAGAUAAUUUCAUGAUGAUGGAGCAAGCUGUUUUAGCCAUGGCAUUCAGUCGAGAUAGUGAAAUGUUGGCAGGAGGUGCUCAAGAUGGAAAAAUAAAAAUUUGGAAAGUUCAAAGUGGACAAGUUCUUAGAAAAUUUGAAAAAGCACAUUCGAAAGGUGUGACAUGUUUACAAUUCAGUAGAGAUAACAGUCAAAUAUUAUCAGCAUCGUUUGAUGCAACAAUUAGAAUUCAUGGUCUGAAAUCUGGGAAAACUUUAAAAGAGUUCAGGGGACAUUCUUCUUAUGUAAAUGAAGUUAUAUUUUCUUCAGAUUCUCAUAAUAUCAUCAGUGCUUCAUCUGAUGGUACUGUAAAAGUAUGGAGUUUGAAAACAACAGAAUGCACUGGUACUUUUAAAUCCUUGGGAGCAGCUGAUCUUACAGUCAACAGUGUACACACUUUACCAAAAAAUCCAGAACAUUAUGUAGUUUGCAAUCGUUCAAAUACAGUUGUUAUCAUGAAUAUGCAAGGCCAAAUUGUAAGGUCUUUUUCAAGUGGUAAACGAGAAGGAGGUGAUUUUGUAUGUGCAGUUGUAUCACCCAAAGGAGAAUAUAUUUAUUGUGUUGGUGAAGAUUUUGUAUUGUACUGUUUCUCAACUACUUCUGGUAAAUUGGAAAGAACAUUAAAUAUCCACGAAAAAGAUGUGAUUGGACUAGCUCAUCAUCCACAUCAGAAUUUAUUGUGCUCUUACAGCGAAGAUGGUCUUGUAAAAUUAUGGAAACCUUAAGUACAGUGAAAAUGUUAAUACAUUUUCAACUUAGAUUAUAAAUACAAUAUGAUACAUAGAUUAUAAAUACAAUAAUUGAGCAUGGUAGUAGUUUAUCUAAAUGAAUUGAAUUUCAUUAUUUAAUCAGUCUCUUUUGAUACAAACCGUUAUAGAACACAUAAAAAAUGAAAGAUUUUUAGUUGUGAUUCAAUUAAUUUUUAGAUUUGAAUAUAACGUGAUUGAAGAAUGACAUGUGAACAAAAAUAAUGAUUUAUGACUGUAAAAAAUUUAUUUUAAAAAUUUUUAUAAAUACAUUGAUUGUACAAUUCAAGUGCAAAA